AUGCCCAAGCUGGCUCGCUACCCGAUCGAGACGAUCAUCGGAGACAAGCUGCGUGCAGACGACGGGGGGCAUGCGCGUGAAACCACGUUGGCCUUUCACGAGUGCAGCUUCACACUGAAGAAGACGGGCGAGUCGCUGCUCCGGGGCGUGUCGGGCGCGGUGCGCACGGGGCAGGUGCUCGCGGUGUUGGGCCCGUCCGGCUCGGGCAAGACGACGCUGCUCAAGCUGCUCGCGCUGAAGGCGAUGCCAGCGGGCGUGUCGCGCGGCCUCGUGACGCUGGACGGCCAGCGGCUGAGCGCGGAAGGCUUUGCGCGCCAGUGCGCGUCGGUGGAGCAGACGGACAGCCUGUGGACCUACCUGAGCUGCCGCGAGCAGCUGCAGUACGCCAUCGACCUCUGCGAGCCCAACCUCGAUCGGACGGAGCGGUGGGUGGCAACCAACCGGCUGCUGCUCGCGCUUGGCCUCGAGUCCUGCCAGGACACGAGGGUGGGGAACGCCCUGAUAAAGGGGCUGUCUGGCGGCCAGAAGCGGCGUCUGUCGAUCGGCCUGGCGCUGGCAAAGAAGCCGGCGGUGCUGCUCUGCGACGAACCGACGUCUGGGUUGGACGCUGCGAGUGCCGCGGCCGUGAUGCGGCUGCUCAAGGAGGCAAGCGAGCGGCUGGGCACUGCGGUGGUGUGCACUCUUCACCAGCCGUCGCCGUCGGUGUUUGCGCGGCUGGACCUUGCGCUCGUCCUCUCGGGCGGCCGUCCGGCGUACUACGGAGCGGCUUGCGAGCUGUCUUCCUUCUUGUCGUCGGUGGGUCGUCCGGUGCCGCAGCAUACGAACGUGGCCGAUUUCAUGCUCGAUGCGGUCAACGCC